UCAGAAACUUCAGAACAUUCAGUAAGAGACAUGAGUGAGCAGCAGAGACAAACAAACAGCAAGAGCUGGACUGUAGACGGUCAACCAAAGGCUCAAAGGCGUAAAAACAGGACAUAGCACAGAGACUGUCAGUAAACAAGGCCAUGCAGCAACAGAGCGGGUCUUUCUUGGGCUAAAAAUAUGCAGGAUCUUGACAAAUGUCAUGAAGUGAUUGAUAACUCCAUAGACAUGGACAGGCUGAAUCAGAACGUUCCAGAACAUGGUCAUCUGACUCAUCGGGUCUUACAGAGCACAUCGCUGGACCUGAUUGAAACAGGCAAGACUCUCAAAGUCCAGGCAGAACGGCCCCAUCUUGUCAGCUUGGGAAGUGGCCGUCUGAGUACGGCUAUAACUCUGCUGCCCCUGCCAGAGGGGAAGACUACACUCGGCCAUGGGAACACAGACAUUAAUAUUCAGGGUCCCGGUGUCACUGCUCAGCAUUGCUACAUUGAAAAUGUGGGGAGAGCCAUUACCCUGUACCCCUGUGGAAAUCAGUGCUCAUUGGAUGGCUUAGCAGUUACCAAACCUGUCAGACUCACACAAGGGUGUAUGCUGUGUUUUGGUCAGUCAGCCUUUUUCCGCUUUAACCACCCAGAGGAGGCCCUCAGGAUGAAGAGUUUGAUGCCAGGUGGAAGCUCUGGAUUUACCAGUACCUACAAGAACCACUCAGAAACCCAUGGGCAGCUCAAUGGAAACCAUCCUCCUGUGAACGAUCGAUCUCGUCCUGGACAUGGCACUCUUGUGCGGUCUAUUGAAAAGGACCUUCAAGACAUUAUGAAUUCUCUGUCUAUGGAUGAAGGCCAGACUUCCUCAUCUGAGCACUGUAAAAAAGCCCGCCACCCCAUUUCACAGUCUGCCAUGCUCAACGGGGGUGGCCACAGUCUUGUCUCACCUCCAACCAGUCCUGGUGCUUUUUCAGUAAGCUCCAGCUAUGAAAAAACCAGUCUUCCUUUCUCCCCCAUCUCCACCUCCUCUGUGGUUAGCAGUCCAGGGGCUUGUUUGGACUCCUCCAAUACCCGUUCCACCAGCUACACCCACACCGUCCAGCCCCCGGUGCCACAACCACGCACUUUUGCAUCCAAGGCCAGCAGUUCCAAUGGGGGACUAAAGGAUCAAGAAAGUCCCAGGCUUCAAAAAGCCUUGACUGAAACCCCCUCAAGCCCUGCUACAAACCGUAGAGGUGAGAAUCCACACCUGGCCCAUGGUUCCUCCUCUUCGUUACUAUCAUUUGCAUCUGGAGAUUUAAGCAGACAGGUCAAUACCAGACUCCCCUCCUCAUCCUCACCGGCAUCUUCUAGCCCUCGAUCCAGUGUUGGCUCAUCAGUCCAAGAAAAUUCUUCUAGUCUUCAGUCCCAUUCUCAUGCACUCCUUCCUCCAGACAGUCCCCAGUCGUCCCGCCGUGGUGUAGAAUUGUCUAGUAUGCGUCAACUUCCUCCUCUCAGUCCCUCUGCAUCACGCAAAGGUGUCCUUGGGGUGCCUGUUCUCCCUGGAGCUCUACCUAGUGUUCCUUUGACCUCUCGUGGCCGGACUGUACCAGAGAGUCCUCGUCUCCAACGACGAACCACAGCAGAGGAUGAAGCAGGAAAUAUGAGAUUGCACGCCAGAAGUCCAUCUCCUGUAUCAGCUCUUUUGAAGGACCAGCCUGGCGGAAAGCAGAACGGUGGUCUCAACCCAGCUUUUGGCUCUCAGACAGGGGCAUCUCCUCUCACUAGUCCCCGUAACCAGAGAAAGAACUCAAGGGAGCCUCGGCAGGUCCAGACGCGCACACGGGAACGCAAGAACAGCAUUUCAGAGGUCAGCGACAAAGAGGAAGACCUACUGGAGUACCAUCGCUGGCAGAGAGAGGAAAGGAUGCGCGAGCAGGAAAUGGAGAGGCUGGAGAGGCAGAGGCUUGAGACCAUCCUGAAUUUGUGUGCCGAGUAUAAUAAGAGUGAUCCUCCGGUUGGCUUGGACGCAGGGAGGGCGUGUCAGUUCCCGGGUAUGGAGGAGGUCUCUGUUCGACGACCCGGCCCUGUCCCGGCGAGUGUGCCGGCCCAGAGCUCUCAGAGACCGAGAGAGAGUGAGGAGGAGAACCUGAAAGAGGAGUGUAGCAGCACUGAGAGCCAGCACCAGGAGCAUGAAGAUUCCUCAGUGCUGGGGCAGCAGGAGAGAGCGUAUCUGGAGGAAGAGCGGCUCAGGGUUCUGGCUCGGGUGGACGAGCUGAAGACUCGUGUCACUGACCUGGAACAGCAGAUACAGGAGUCCAGACAGGAGGCAGAGAUGGAGAGAGCAUUACUGCAGGGAGAACGGAGGGCAGAGCUUGAUCAAGUGGAGACAGAGUUGGAGAUCAUCAAUCAACUUCAGCUGAAACUGAAUGAAGUGGAAAAUGCAACUCAGAAGGAGAAAGAGAAGGAGAGAGCAAAAGUCUCAACUGAGCGGGAUGUCCUGGCCAGACUGAGGGAUUCGUACAGUGAGCUGAAGGGCCAGCUUCAUAAAUGCCCAGAAUCACUGAGGGAGCACUUACAGGAACAACUGACCAGGAAGGUGGAGGCUCUGGAGUCGGCCACUAAGCGCUUUGAGGAUUUGGAGUUCCGCCAGUUGGAGCGAGAGAGUGGCAUAGAGGAGGAGAAGGAGACAGUCAGCAGGCAGCUGUUGCAAGAGAAGGCAGAGUAUCACCGGAGUGUGGCUAAAAGGAAGGAGAAAAUGGCAGCUCUGGAGAUCCAUGCUAACCAACUUGGACUUCAGGCAGCUCAGGAUUGUGAAAUGAUGGCCAAAGAUAGAACACUGGGCCUGCAGAUGCUCCACAAGGAAAAGGAGAGACUGUCUGCCCUGGAGAAGAGAUACCAGAGCCUAACUGGUGGAAAUACUUUCUCCAAGCCUAGCAGCACGAAGGAGGAAGUGCUCUACAUCAAUGAACCUGACUUUUUUGAUGAGCUCCCUUCCCAGAAUUCUCUGCUCCCUUCUUCUUGUUGUCAAAGAUCCACCACUCAGAUAUAUUCUAACAGGCAACAGGAGGAGUACCUCAAACUCUCUGAUGUAUAUAAGAUGUAUGGGAACGGAUGUAUCCCCUCCCAAACUGCUUUCCCUAACGCUCUCUGUGUACCGCUGGCUGUAACAUCAGACACACCUCGUGAGGAGUAUGUGACAGUCAGUCAGUUAAACCAGCUGUUCGGGAUGCCUAAAGUUGACCCCUCCCCCACAUCUUCCGUCCAAUCAUUCCAAGCUAUUGUCGCUGAUCCUGUCCACUCCAGCCACACAUCCCAGUGUGGCUCCUCCCAGUCACUUCCUGUUGAGACCCAGCCUGCAUGGAGUAGGCCUUCAAUCCCCAGGCUAGAUUCAGAGCGCUGGUACCAGGAAAUCAUGGCAGCUGGGGAGUCCAGUCAUGCCUGUCCUCCCCCUCUGCCUGCUAAGUGUCUCUCCUCACGUAAACCUAUGCAGAUCUGUAAGCAGGAUGGAGAGCUGGGACAGACCAAUGGCACCUUUACACCCCUGCCUUCCAUGACCACAUCAGGCAGAAACACACCCACCAAAAGUCUCCCAGACCUAUCUCCUGCUUAUUUGGACUUAGACUCCAGGAGACAGUUAGAUCUACAGGGCAGAGGGCUCUAUACAUGUGAUGAUUCCAGAAUCAGGCCUACGGAUCCUAAACACAGCCAGUGGGGGGCACCACCUUCAGGAAUUCCCAUGGUACACCACUCCAUUCUUCACCACCAAGCACCCCCAGCAGGAGAGUCGACGUAUGACACUCUGAGUUUGGAGAGUUCCGACAGCGUGGAGACCAGCGUAUCUACCGGCAACAACUCCGCCUGUUCACCUGAAAGCAGCAAUGGGCUGGCAGGACUGAGGCUGGAGGAGAUGGAGAAGAUGUUGAAGGAGGCCCAGCAGGAGAAAGCCAGACUGGUGGAGAGUCGAGAGAGAGAAGUCCAGGCACGAAAGCAGCUGCUGGAGGCCGAGAGGAGGAGGCGAGAGGAGGUAGAGAGGAGGCUGAUGGAUGAGACUGUGCACAGGCAGAGACUUGUGGAGGAAGAGGUCAAGAUGAGAGAGAAACAGUGUUCUCAGGCUCGGCCAAUGACGCGCUACCUACCUAUUCGAAAAGAGGAGUUCGACCUGCGUUCUCAUGUGGAGUCAUCAGGCCACUGCGUGGACACAUGUCCGUUUGUCAUUGUUACAGAGAAAAUGUGCAAGGGUCAUCUUGUGAAGAUGGGCGGCAAGAUCAAAUCCUGGAAAAAACGCUGGUUUGUCUUUGAUCGGCUUAAAAGGACCUUCUCUUAUUACGUAGAUAAACACGAGACCAAACUGAAGGGUGUCAUCUACUUCCAAGCCAUAGAGGAGGUGUAUUACGAUCACCUGCGCAGCGCAACUAAGAGUCCAAAUCCUUCGCUAACCUUCUGCGUGAAGACUCAUGAUCGACUUUAUUUCAUGGUGGCACCGUCUCCAGAGGCCAUGCGAAUUUGGAUGGACGUCAUAGUAACGGGUGCCGAGGGCUACACGCAGUUUAUGACCUGAGGGAGAGCGGAUGCAAUUCUCCCUGCAGUGAUCUGAGAUUUACCAGGAUGUGUAACAUAUCCAGAAUUGUGUCAAAACCUUCAGACGGCACUGACUGACUUCUUUGUCAUCAUGAUUAGGGAAGAACUGAAUUCAGGCCGGCCUGAUGACGAUGACAUAUUAUUGUGCAACUAAUGCUCAGAAUUGAUGUUACUAAAAAGAGAAGCUGAUAUAUAUAUAUAUAUAUAUAUAUAGAGAGAGAGAGAGAGAGAGAGAGAGAGAAAGAGAGAGAGGGAGCGCGUUUAUCUAUGUAUUAUUGUAAUACAGAGACAGUUACAGAGCUUACAGUAUUUUAUGGCAUUUCAAAUCAAUCAUAUGCACAGUACUUUUAUUUAAUAGCUCUAUAGUUUUAUGGUGCCAAGUCUUCAGGUGUAUAUACGUCGAUGUAUUACCAACACUUAUCUUUACUUUUAGUUAUUUAGGCCCAGUUACAUGAUUACAAUGAGAUUAAACUUAAUAGCAUUUGAUAGCUUUCAUAAUAUCUUUUUAGGUGGGGAGGCAGAAUUCAUAUUUUUAAUUGCUUUAAAAGAUAUUUCAUAUGUUGUCUUUAUCUGUAUAAUAUAUAAUUAUAUAACUUUUUUGCUGCAAAGAUUCUUAAACAAAUGGCCCAGGUGCUCAGACAUGUAACUAAAAACUAUAUGCCUGCUGCCUGAUUUGUAACUUUAUUAUACGAGAUUAUUUGGUAGGGGACCAUUGCAGUAAACACUUUUGUUUUCAAGGUCUUGGUACGUUUGUACCAACAGGUUUUGUUUUGCCAAAGCUUCACCCGUGUUGAUAUGUGUACUCUAAUUUGCACAUCUUUUAUUUCAGGGUUUUUAAAAUGUAUGGAUGUGCCUCUAUGAUUUAUUAUCAGAUAUUUUGUGUAUUGUGCUAUUCAGAUUAUUGAUAUCCUCUUGGACCUCUUCUAAGUCAAUGAGAAAAACAGUGUGAACUUUUGAUAAUUCAGUGUCAUAGCACUAACAAUGUAUUUCUAAAUAUUAACAUUUUUUUCAUUUGACAUAAAUAAGUAUUAUAUACUCUAAGGAAAAUAAAAGUCUAUAACAAACAAUUUUUUCUUGUAGUCACAUAGAGCAGGGCUAGUUGUCACACCUUUUACUCCAGUGAAUAUUUCUCAGGGUUGGUUUAUUUUUAAAAAUCAAUUUUUUAUAAACACGUACCUUAAAGUUUUGAUUGCAAAAUGUUUGCCCAUUCCCAGCC